GAAUGGCAUCAGUUUGUGGUAAAAUGAAACUUCAGCUUACAAUCGGUUUGGCUCUCUUGGCAGCUUGCUGUUUGACCAAUGCCUACCAAGGCGAUGGUCAACCAGGUUGUAAAACGCAGCAGGAAAUUGACAUUGGCGUCUUCCGCGACAACUGGGAUGCCACGUCCUUCUGGAAGUGUGAGACACUCAACGAGCCUGCUAGCAAGAUGCGUUGUCCGGAUGAGAUGGGCUACAUGGAUAGUCUGAAGGACUGCGUUAUCUGGGAUGACUGGAAGUGGGAAAAGCCGGCCCCACCUCUAAGCGAGGUUGACCAGUAAACGAUACACCUUCUUUUACAAAUCUAAACGUGACAUUUAAUUAUUGUCAUUGAAUUGAAUAUAAAAAAUGCGCUAGGCGGCUGUUAAACGCAACAGAGAGACGAAUUAAA